GUCGAAACCCGUUUAAUGGAUCCGGCUCCUCCAGAAUCAUUUCAGACGGGGAGAAGGAACGAGAGAGAGGAGAGAUCACCGGUGAGAGGGCGAGCAAUGGAUUUGAAGAAACGGCGAAAGAUUCUGGAGAAGAAAAAAACGAUUCAUGACCUUAUCAAAAAAGCUUCUUCCAUUGUCGAUCCUCUUUCUCCAUUUGAUUCUUUCCGUCGUUACCAAAGCAAUGAUUUAUCUGUGUACCUGGAAUCUUGCCGUGGAGAUAGACUUUCCUCAUCUGUGAAGCAGUACAUUCAAAAGCUCUUGAAGACGAACAUGGAAGGGUUCUAUGGCUCUGAUUGGCGAAUACAAGCAAAGGUGAAGCGUAAGGAGAUGUCGUCUGUAGACGCACAUUAUAUAUUUGUGCUUGAGCUGCGUUAUAGUAAGUCCUAUGAAACAUCUGCUCGAAGAACUUGUAUGGAAAGGUGUAAUCAGAUAGCUGGAUUUGUGCAUUACCGGUUUACUGUAGAGGAAGAGGUACCUGUUCUUUAUGUGUAUGAGAUACAGCUAGAAUCCCGGGUUCAAGGAAAAGGACUAGGAGAUUAUUUAAUGCAGUUGAUUGAGCGCAUUGCUUCUAAGAAUCGGAUGAGUGCUAUCGUGCUAACUGUUCUAACAUCUAAUGCAUUGGCAAUGAGUUUCUACAUGAGCAAGCUAGGAUACAGAAUAUCAAGCAUUUCACCAUCAGAAGCUAAUCUUCCGACUCUCUCUGUGAAGUAUGAGAUACUAUGCAAAACAUUUGAUUCUGAAGCUAAAUCUGUAUUGGAGAAGAAUGAUGAAGAACCUACCAAUGACUGAGUGUCAAGCAUGGAGUAGCACAUAUAGAUUCACGGAGGUUGCAGUUAUAAAACAGACAGGUUCGAUGAAGACUUGGUUCCUUCGAUGGCAGAAAUAGAGAUACAGAACUCCAGUAAUGCCUAGCAACUGAACAAGACCAUUGAAGUCCUUUGGAAUGCUAAAAUGACCAUUUAAUUGAAAACCUGAGUCCUCAGCAACAACAAAUCAGUAGUUUGCCACCCAACAACUGAAAUAAUAUAUGGUAAGCUGUGUGUACACUUAAAGGGUUUAUUAACCUUAAGGCCUUUAGGAGAGAUUGUACAGAGUUAUAUAUUAGGACUUGGACUUAGUAGAAGAACACAUCUUGAAUUGGGUUUUUCCGAUGAUGUUUAUGAAUCAGAAAGAUCACGUUUGAUAUCUUUGCCUUGUAAAAGUUGCCACAAGAGUUGAGACAUGAGUGUUUUGAACCUUUAA